CGUGUUUGAAACAUCUCUCUUUCCCAUCAUUACUGUCUGUCUCUCUUUACCUUCCAAUCCGCCGUGUCUUACUCCCGGCCAUUGUCUUUUCCUCUGGAAACCAGCUGCUCAUCUCAAACCCUUGAUUUGCAGAAACUUUGACCUAGAAUUCUCUGGUUCCUCAGCUCAGAAAGCGCUCGAAAUGCCGUCAUGAUCAAUUCUAUUGUUUAUUUUCAGUAGAUCUUCGACAAUUCGAUCGCUUCUCAGAGCUUACCAUCAUCUUUGAUCGUUUUACAUUUCUGAAACUCCCGGAUUCUGUCCAUUUUAUCCAGAGGUUUAUGAUGUAAUAAGAGAUCGAGGAUCUACACGAGCAAUGCUAUGGUUAAUCACUGCCGGAGUCACUUCAAUUCGUUCUUCUUUCACUUGAGCAUUCGGCUCCACGCAUUUUCGAGUGUUUUCCCUAAAACUUGCAUUUCCUGGAGUUCUUCGCGAUCGAAAUGAGCGGAGAGAGGGUUAAUACCUGUUGGGUGCCCUCUAUCUUCAUUCUCAUUGUCAUUCUUUUGAGUUUUUCGCUGUGCGUUCGGUGCCAAGAUGUUGGAGAUUAUAAUGAAGCGGAUAAUCCUGCGGUCCUUCCACUUCUCACGAACCUCGUAUACAGUCGUUUCUCCAAUCUCACGGUUAUAUUUAGCGGGGAGAUCAAGCAACAGUUGGGAUUCUGCAUAAAGGAUCCGCAAGUGGAUUUGAAUGGGGCGUUCAAUUUCUCUUCGAAUACGGGAUUCUUGUCUAAUUGCCUCAAGACAACAAAAGGAGAUCUCACUCAGCGCUUGUGUACGGCAGCAGAAAUGAAAUUUUACUUCAAUACUUUCUUCGAAAGAGGGUCAAAGGGUACCAACUUCUUGAAACCUAACAAGAACUGUAACUUGACUUCAUGGUUGCCUGGAUGUGAGCCUGGAUGGGCUUGUAGUGUUGGCUCUGAUCAGAAGGUUGACCUAAAGAAUUCAAAAGACAUGCCUCGUAGGUCUGUUAACUGCAAGCCCUGUUGCGAGGGGUUCUUCUGCCCUCGUGGUAUAACUUGCAUGAUACCUUGCCCACUAGGUGCGUACUGCCCUCUUGCAAAACUCAACAAAACUACCGGCAUAUGUGAUCCAUACCGGUACCAGCUACCUCCUGGACAACCAAAUCAUACUUGUGGUGGAGCAGAUGCUUGGGCUGAUGUUACUAGUAGUAGUGAGGUAUUCUGUUCUGCAGGAUCGUACUGUCCAACUACCACCCAAAAGAUUCCUUGCAGUAGUGGUCAUUACUGCAGGAUGGGCUCUACAUCUCAAGCCAAGUGUUUCAGAUUGACUACUUGUGACCCAAAUACUGCAAAUCAAAAUCUUCAUGCGUAUGGUGUCAUGCUUAUUGCUGCAUUGAGUACUUUGCUACUCAUUAUCUAUAACUGUUCUGACCAAGUACUCACAACUCGGGAAAGAAGACAAGCCAAAUCUAGGGAAGCUGCAGCAAGGAGCGCUAGAGAAACUGCUCAAGCUCGUGAAAGGUGGAAAUCUGCAAAGGAUGUUGCUAAGAAGCAUGCGAUUGGACUGCAAUCCCAGUUAUCCCGUACUUUUUCUCGUAAAAAAUCUGCGAGACAGCCAGCGCUUCUAAAGGGUUUAGGUCCAGCUAAGCCUGGAACUGAUGAGGCCUUGUUACCACCAGUAGCCCCAGGUCCAUCUCAGCAAACUUUCACGACAUCAAAGGGGAAGAAUAAGGAACCAAGUAGCCUCACAAAGAUGAUGCAUGCACUUGAGGAGAAUCCCGAAAGUAAUGAAGGUUUCAAUCUGGAAAUUGGAGAUAAAAAUAUAAAAAAGAAUGCACCAAAGGGAAAGCAAAUACAUACUCAGAGCCAAAUUUUUAAAUAUGCAUACGGUCAAAUUGAGAAGGAGAAAGCUCUUCACGAGCAGAAUAAGAAUUUGACCUUUUCAGGAGUUAUUUCAAUGGCUACUGAAAUUGAGAUCAGGACCAGACCUGUGAUUGAGGUUUCUUUCAAAGAUCUAACCCUCACUUUAAAAGGGAAGAACAAGCAUCUCCUGAGGUGUGUUACUGGGAAAAUUAUGCCUGGACGUGUUUCUGCUGUCAUGGGCCCAUCUGGAGCUGGAAAAACAACUUUUCUUUCUGCUCUGGCUGGAAAAGUAGCUGGAUGUACAAUGACUGGUUCAGUCCUUGUAAAUGGAAAGGAUGAAUCCAUCCGUUCAUACAAGAAAAUCAUUGGGUUUGUGCCACAAGAUGAUAUUGUUCAUGGUAACUUGACAGUGGAAGAGAAUUUACGGUUCAGUGCGAGAUGCAGACUAUCUGCUGACAUGGCAAAACCAGAUAAGGUUCUAGUAAUUGAAAGAGUUAUUGAGUCCUUGGGGCUACAGGCAGUACGUGAUUCCUUAGUUGGAACGGUAGAGAAGCGUGGAAUCUCUGGAGGCCAAAGGAAACGAGUAAAUGUUGGACUGGAAAUGGUUAUGGAGCCUUCGCUAUUGAUAUUAGACGAACCCACAUCUGGUUUGGAUAGUUCUUCUUCUCAGUUGCUACUUAGGGCACUUCGACGUGAGGCUCUUGAAGGGGUAAAUAUCUGCAUGGUAGUUCACCAACCAAGUUAUGCAUUGUUCAAGAUGUUUGAUGAUUUGAUACUUCUAGCAAAAGGUGGCCUCACUGUUUAUCACGGACCAGUGAAGAAAGUGGAAGAAUACUUUGCAGGACUUGGGAUCCAUGUUCCGGACCGAGUAAAUCCUCCAGACCACUUCAUUGACAUUUUGGAGGGCAUUGUAAAAUUGAACACAAGUUCAGGUGUAAGUUAUAACCAGCUUCCUAUCAGAUGGAUGCUUCACAAUGGAUACCCAAUACCCCCAGAUAUGCAGAAGAAUUUGGAUGGGAUUGAAAUGUCCUCAACGUCUGCAAUUCCAACCAAUGUAAUUGAUCCUGCUGCUACUGGAGCUCAAGCACAAUCCUUUGCUGGAGAUUUAUGGCAAGACGUAAAGUGUAUUGUCGAGGUUAAGAAGGAUCACAUCCAGCACAAUUUCUUGAAGUCCAAGGAUCUAUCCAAUCGAGUAACUCCUGGUGUAUUCCGGCAAUACCGAUACUUUCUUGGGAGGGUUGGUAAGCAACGGCUGCGAGAGGCUAGAAUACAAGCAGUUGAUUAUCUGAUCUUAUUACUUGCUGGAGCCUGUUUAGGAACACUUGCUAAAGUGAGUGAUGAAACCUUUGGAGCACUUGGUUACACAUACACUGUUAUUGCAGUUUCUCUCCUAUGCAAGAUUGCAGCUUUGAGAUCAUUUUCUCUGGACAAGUUGCACUACUGGAGAGAGAGUAGUGCUGGAAUAAGCAGUCUGGCUUAUUUUCUUUCAAAAGAUACAAUUGACCAUUUCAAUACGCUCAUCAAGCCUCUGGUUUAUCUCUCCAUGUUCUAUUUCUUCAACAACCCCAGAUCUUCCUUCAUAGAUAAUUAUAUUGUUUUGGUCUGCCUUUGCUAUUGUGUGACUGGUAUAGCCUAUAUAUUUGCUAUAUUCCUUCAACCAGGUCCUGCCCAACUGUGGUCAGUGCUUCUGCCUGUUGUUUUGACUCUCAUUGCAACUCAGCAGAAUAGUGAUGGUGUAGUUGUGCAAACUCUAGCCAAAUUAUGUUACACAAAGUGGGCUUUGGAAGCAUUUGUGAUUGCAAAUGCUGAAAGGUACUCUGGAGUUUGGUUGAUUACUCGUUGCGGUUCACUUAUGACUAAUGGUUACGAUCUCAAUGAUUGGGCUCUUUGCCUAAUCAUCCUCAUCAUCACUGGUAUAAUUAGUCGAGUAGUAGCAUUCUUUUGUUUGAUUUCUUUCAAAAAGAAAUGAGUCUAGAUAAUAUUUCUUUCGCUGAUCCUUUUGUGUACAAGAGGCAAAUUCAUUUUUGGAAGUUGUAAAAUAGUAACUUUCCCGUCAUGCCCCAGUCUUCUUGGAAAUCCUAAUCAAGUAGCACAGCUGGCUAUACGCAGAUAAUUUUGUACAGCACAUGUCGAAACAAAACCACAUUGUACUCUAGAAUUGAUGGCUAUGACCAUUGAAAUGAUUAAGAUGGCCAUUCCAAUUGAGUAGUUGGAGUUA